AUGAACCCUCCGUGGGAUUGUGUGGUCAUGACACCCCUCGGCGGCAAUCCCCGUCGCCGUAAGCCUGCCGCUGUGUGCCAGUCUUGGUACGCCGCCGCCGCCGCCGCCUCUCUCGUCGCCGACCACUCCGCUGCCUUGCGUGAAUGCUGCGCCGUGAAGCCCAUCAUCAUCGCACCCUGCCCAUCGCUUCCCGCAGGAGCCCGCCUUGCCGCCACCUCUUCCCUCGACCUUGGCUCGGCGGGCGGCCCUACGAAUGCACGGUUGGCCGACGCCGUCUCGACUCGGAACCCUCGUCCGGGCCUUUCGCGCAAGCGGCGAGGAGACGAUGCUCCAUCGGCGUGCGCUCCCAUCACCGCGUCGACGCCGUCGAUUCAUCCCCGAGGGAAGAAUGCCUCGUCGGCAGGAACGAGGCAAACCUGCGUGCGGUGUGCCGGCCGACGCGUCCCGGUUCGACUCGAGCACCGUGGAGGGGGGGCGUGUCGCAGCCCAGCCCGGCCGUCGAGGAUCUGGCUCGCUGCGGGGACAUCCGAUCGACUGAUCUGGGCUGAUGCUAGAUCGCCAUCGACUGGAUGCCAUCACACCACGUCAGCCAGGCCUCGUCGUCGUGGAGGGAAUCACGAGAAGCGAGCAGGGCGCCGCUCGCCCUCGAGCCUGCGUGGACGGCCGGCACGACGAGCAUCUGUCGGCGAAGCCUGCAUUUCCUUCCUCGAACCCUCUCCUCUCCUACGCCCACGCCGGCGAGCUGAGGCUGAAAGGAGCUGA